CCACCUCAAUCCUUUUUUUUUCUUUUGACUCCACCCCCUCACUCUCCUCUCCUCUGCUCUCCUCUUCUCAUUCCUCCUUCUUAUCCCGGGAAAACUCUACUAUCAGCCUUCCAAGUCCUUAUGCUGCAACUGGGUGCAGCUUGCAGCCUGCAGAAUGCCUGCCUCCCUCCCUCUCCCUUACCUACCUGGCCUAGGUCGUCAUACCGUCCCGCUCUCUCUCUCUCUCUCUCUCUCUCUCUAUUUCUCAGACCACGUCGUGCCAUGGAUAGAUUUGAGGAGCUCUCAGUGAACGGAAUUACUAUCCGAGGUCGGACUGAUAUCAGAAGUCGGUCACUGUCAUCCCAAUUGGUACAGUAAAUCCUGUCGCCAAGAUGCUCAACCGAGUGAACGAGAGAGAGAAACGAGAGAGAGGGAAUUGAAAGAAAAUACUCAAUUAAGAAAUAGAAAAAUGGAGAAGAAAAUAAGGAAAAUAAGGAAAGGAACGGCUUCCAUCAGCGAGGGAACUCCGGGGGCGAGACAAGACCCUCUCCCUCUCUCUCUCUCUCUCUCUCUCCAUCUCUAUGUACUUAGUCUGGUCUAA